GGAUUUGUUGCUCUCGUCUGGUUCAAUCUGGUCGGCUAGUAUAUUCAAUGCCACUGUCGGGCCUGUGUCUUUACUUCCUGCGCUACAAGUUUACAAGGCAUAUCGGGACGUUAUUUCGGCACGCCAAUUUCUACAUUCACUACAUGCGAGGUUAUCGACGUGUAUCCCCUCAUGACUCAGCAAGAGCAGCGGGAGUUUAGUGAGAGCCUGGAAGCAGCCCUGUGCUGGAUGCAGGCCAUCCAGGAGAGGCUCCGCACCAACGACAACACUCAGGGCCCCCGAGCAGCCCUGGAGGCCCGCCUGCGAGAGACUGAGAAAAUCCACGAGUCAGAGCAUGAUGGUCGAGUGAAGAUGGACAUGGUUUUAGUGGCCGCUGAGGUUCUGUUGCAGAAUGGAGAUGAGGAGACGAGGAACCAGACCCACACCAAACUGAAGGACCUCAAAGCAUUAUGGGAGGACACCUGCACUUACAUCAUUCACUGUCACAGUCGAAUAGAGUGGGUGUGGCUGCAUUGGAGUGAGUACUUGAAGGCCUACGAGGAGUUUGAGCUGUGGCUAGCCAAGCUACGGCGGACUGUAGAUGCAGAGGCAGAGCUUCAGCUGGGCGUGAAGGAGAAGCUGUGGCAGGUGGACCACCUGAGGGUGAUAGUGAGCGAUGUCCAGGCCCAGGCCCCGCUCCUGGAGAGGCUGCUGGAUGAGGCUGCUGCCCUGCACAACCGCACCCAGGACCCCAGUGUGGACCCCCAGGCCCAGGAAAGUCUUCAGGAGGCCUACAACAACAUCAGGGACCAGUCAGAGGAGCGUCUAGCGUUGCUUCAGAAGAUGGCUGAAGAGCACCAGAUGUACCAGAACUCCGUGUUGAAGUUCCAGUCGUGGCUGGUGUCCAAGACAGGGGAACUCAGCGUCCUCAUGGAGAGGGAGGGCCCGCCAGAGAACAGGCUGAAAGCCCUACAGACACUGGACGACAGUGUGGCCAGUGAGGAGAAGACCCUGCAGCACAUCGAAGGCCUGGCAGAGGCCGUGCACUCCCACACUUCUCCAGCAGGGGCGGAGGUGGUAGUGGAGGAGGCGGAGGAGCUGCGGCUGGGCUGGCAGAGGCUGAGGCAGGGGCUGUACGAGGCCGGUGAGGGCCUGAGGUUUAGCCUGGACUCUCAGAGCCAGUACCUGGCCCGGUGUCAGAGGCUGGGGAAGGACAUUGCACAGCUCAGGGCCCAGCUCCAGGGGCUUGGCAGAGAGCUAGAGGGAAGAGAGGCAGGAGAGAGGACGGAGGAACAGAUGGUGGUACAGUGGAGGAAGUACACAAAUGUUCGGAAUGCUCUUGUGGCUGAGGAAUCCCAGGUGGAACACCUCAAGACCCAGCUCAAAGAACUCUUCUGCUUCUCCCAAGAUUCCCGGCACCUCUCAGAUGACGUGCUGGCUGCAGUCAAGGAACAUCAGAGUGUGAAGUGCCGGGCGGGGAAGCUGUGUUCGGAGGCAGAAGCAGGGCUGAGGCAGGUGCUGCAGGACCCCCUGCAUGUCUUCUCACAGUGGAGCCAGAGGGUGUCUCAGGUUCUAGAAGCUUCCAAUGAAGUGUCAGAGUUUUCCCACAUCGCACGGCUGGUGCAGGACAUUGAGCGGCUCCUGAAGCCGAGCCUGCAGCUGCAGGAGCGUCUGAGCUUGUUGCAAGUGAAGACGGAGCUUCUGACCUCUGUGUUGGGCCAGGAGGGGGCAGAGGGGUUGCUGGAUGAGCUUGGUGGUGCCAUGAGGAACCGAGAGAUACUGCACAGCCAGCUGCUGCAGAGGAAGAGCCGGCUGCAGGGUUUGAUAUCCAGAACCAAGGAUUUUGGGGAUGCCUACGAGUCAAUCCGCAAGAAGCUGACUCCUCUGAGAGACCGGCUGGUAGCAGCUGACAGCUUCCAGCCAGAUAUACUGGCUAAAAAGAGCCAGUCAGACCAGCUUAGGGUGGUCAAAAAGGACCUGGAGGACUGUGAAGCCCACAUCAUGGCCCUGGAGACUCUGGUGUCCAGCAGCCAAACCAACAGUGCCCAGUACGAGAGGCUCUAUGGGGACUGGAAGCUCCUGUACAAGACUGUCAGGGUGAGGGUGAAAGACAGCGAGGAGAGCAUCGCUGAGCACGAGACCUUCCACGAGAGCCUCCUGAAUGUGGAGAAGUGGCUGAUGAUCAUGAGGCAGAAGCUGGAGUCCUACCAGAGCCCGUCUGGGGAGUGGAGCGUGGACAACAGAGAGCAGGAGGCCCAGAGGGCGCUGGGUGAGUUUCCAGAGAAGGAGCUGCAGCUCCACCAGAUUGAGGCGCAGGGCCAAGGGGUACUAGAGAGAACCUCUGAGCAGGGCAGGGUGCACAUCCUCAGCGACAUGAGGCGCCUGCGAGAGUCCUGGAUGGCCCUCCACGAUCUCAGCCUCAACCUCUACAGGCUGCUGAAUAGCCACAGUUCCAACUCAGACCUCCAUAACGAGAGGGUUAGAGGGCAUAGUGGUGACCACACCAGCACAGACAACAAGCUUCUGUGCAGGGAGGGAGGGAGCCAGCUCAUGGCCUCCAAAAGCUCCAACAGUCAGAGACAGGGACAGCCAGAGGGCACCCCAGAACAGGGCCCCAGUGUGUGGGCUUGCGAGAAAACUGGGCCUGAGCUAGGGGGUAGGAUGGAGGAAAGGCAAGAAGAUAAUUUUGUGGCAGGUCAAAGAGGGGUGGGUAGAGGUCAGGGCGUGUGGGUCCAGGGUGGGUUUGAAGAGAGUAACAUGGGAGCUAUGGGCAGUUCACCGAUGCAAGUGAGAAAACUGGGCACUUUCAAUCAAACUCCAUCCAGAUUACAAGAUGAGGCUAGCCAAAGAGCGGGGAGUGGGGGUGGGCAUACUGGGAGAGGGAAGGAGGGGGAGAGGGGCAGACAGGGCCCCGGAGUAGAGGAGGUUGACUCUUGGGGAGGGACCCACCUCACAGGGCAAGAUAGAGAGACACUGGGGGGGUCUCUGACCCUCAGAAGAGGUAGAAGCCCCCAGACCAGCGGGGGUUUGGGGCUUCCCAUGUCCAGUGAUAGAACUGAGGAAUGGGUGGACGAACAGCGAUCCCGAGACACGGUCGAAACACAAGCGGCGUCUGUGCGCGCCGGUUACGGUCACGGUAGCAGAAAGAGCAGCAGACAUGGGAUCCAAGGAGAAGAUGAGGUGGGGAGAAGCGAAGGCGAGCGCUUGGGAGAGGGAGGGGCCUUCACCUCUGUUGGAAAGGCCUCGGGGUUGACCCCAUUGUCUCUCCGAAACUCUGCAACGACGACACGUGACGUGGGAGCCACGCAGCAUGUAGAGGGGAGCCCGGGGCAGGCCUUGAGCACAGCUGAGUAUGAGGAGAGCAGAGGGGAGUUUGAGGCCUGGCUACUCAGAGAGAAUGAAGUCCUUUCAGGAAUACUCAACACCAGGGGGUCGCUCAGCAGCAAGGAACUCAAGAUCAGACAGGACACACUCAAGGCCUUGCGGUCAGGUGUGGGCUGGGGUCAGGAGCAGUUCCAGAGCCUUCUGCAGGUGGGCCAGCGUCCUGGUUCAGGGGUCAGGACCAAAUCAGAGCCUGGGGUUGAUGAUAUGGGUCUGGAGGAGCUUAGGUAUCGCUGGAUGCUCUACAAGUCCAAACUGAAGGAUGUGGGAGACCUUAAGACUCACCUCAGUGUCAAGGGUGUCAGAGCAGGACAAGAUGAGACCACCAAAAUACGAAAGCAGAAGAGUCCCAGUCUGCUGUACCGUGUGUGCAGGGUGGCCCUCCCCCUCCAGAUCCUGCUGCUGGCGCUUCUCCUCCUGGCCUUCCUCCUGCCCCUCAUGGACGAAGGGGCCAGCUGCUCCCUAUCCAACAACUUUGCCCGCUCCUUUAACAUCAUGCUGCGAUACGACGGACCUCCGCCAACAUAGACAGCAGGCCUACAUCUACACAUGAACUUACCUGUACUUGGACGACAACUCAUCAUCCAUAUAUGGGCUGCAACAUUCAGACACGUACUGCAACAUCUAUACGUGGCCUACAACUCCCAACACCAACCCAUUUGACCGUAAAUCCCCGUCACACCUCACAAGCUCUGCCAUUACAGACCUACUCCACCUACUCGUGUAACUAUAUGAGGACUACAACUUCCAUAAUCCAUGUUUGGAUACAAUUUCUAUUUUAAACCACUGGACCACACUGUCCAUUUAUAGAAGUGGAACAAUAGAACUAGAGCUUCAGCAUUCAUCAAAUACAAUUUACCCACCAUCAUGGAUGCCUGGAAGUAUGACCUAUGACCUUGGGCUUCGGUAAUGUCUGCCUGAUCUUUUGAUAACAAUGGCUUAUUGGGUCUAAGAUAAAUGGCAUGCUGUGUAUAUAUAACCUUCAAUCCAUCGCUAAUCCUGACCUCAAUACUCACCUUCCACUAUUUAAAGUAGAAGAUAAGGGAGUCAGGAGUCAGGUGGCUGAGCGGUGAGGGAAUCGGGCCAGUAAUCAGAAGGUUGCCAGUUCGAAUCCCGUCUGUGUCAAAAUGACGUUGUGUCCUUGGGCAAGGAACUUCAUCCUACUUGCCUCAGGGGGAAUGUCCCUGUACUUACUGUAAGUCGCUCUGGAUAAGAGCGUCUGCUAAAUGACUAAAUGCAAUCGCAAUAUCCCAUAUCCUUGCAUAAACCAGGACAGCUAAUGAUGAUGCCAUCUACCUACAUACACAUACAUGCAGACACGCACAUAAAGCUUUUCAGAGAGAGAUUAUCAACCCAGACAACCCAAACCAUACUUUAGUCAGCCUCUACUGCUCUUCAAGCAGAACAGCAAUGGAUCUCUUCACUUGCUUUAGAGUAUAGGGCAGACCGCCAGCAUAUAAGAGGGAUAUCUCUAUCUCGCAGAAUGCUAGCUUUCUAUAUCUCCAGUGGGUUCAGUUUCAGGGAUAGUGUACUGGAACUGAGUACAAUAGACUGCGUAAAAGAUUCUGCGUGACCACUUGUGGUCAACUUCAUGCCUCACUCUCUGUCGGCUUCUGAUGCAAGCACCAGAGUGUGUGUGUGUGUCUGUACAGUAAGUGUUGGUGUGUGGGCGUCUUUGGCUCUUUCCACUUGUUCCUUUUGACUCAAGCUGUUUCACACUCUGAGCUGACACAGUUAGGCCGAUACACACACACAUUUGCACUUUAUUCUUUCUAUCUUUUUUCUUACACUCUUUUUUUACACCUCACCUUUUCACCUUCUGUCUAAAGGACUCCAAAUCCUCUUCUCUCUAACUAAUGAAUAUUGACGGACAUGAUGCUCGAGGAUGCUGCUGAUAUCCUCUCAUCAAAUACCUUGCAGGGUUGUUCACUGAUGCACCCAAAAAGACAAUCAUCUUCCAACAUUCAAACAACAAGUAUCAAAUGUUUAAAUCAUAUUUGUAAAAGCAUAGCUUAGUGUAUUCAUUUGCUAUGAAAGUAUUAAGACCUGGCCAUAGCUAGGCUCAAUGGGGUCAAUUGUUUAUGAUAUUUUCUUUUCAAGUAAAAAAAAAAAAAAAAAAAAAAGAAACGAAACUUGUUGGACAGAUCUUUAAGGAUUUUUUUUUUUUUUUUUAUCUCACUUCAGUACAACAUCUUAUUUGUACUGGUGGAAUGUGUGUUGAAUGAUGCUUUUGACAAGGUGCUAUUCUAGUACUCUUCUUUACUCCAUUGUAAGCAUUCUUAGGCACAGUUCACUGUUGAAAAAGCAGUUGGAAAGUACCCAGUCACCCAUGCCCUCUACAUUUUCUGGGGCCAGUAUUCUCUUGGGCCCUUUUUUAUACCAUGGAGUUAUAAAAAUGGAAAUAGCUCCUGUUAUGGUAGAAUGUCCUUUUUUGUGCAAACUUUUGAACGAAGCACAGACUGGAAACACUCUGUCUCUCUCUCACUGCCCACCCCUCUCUAAUACAUUCUUCUGUGAGCUUUUCUUUCUUCCAAAUACCCCACAUGUUACUAUGACAACAGAGGCCCAAUCCAGUUAGUCAGUUCAGGAUGUGUCAUACAGAUGAGGUCUUUGUUCUUACAAAUGAAGCAGAGGUUACUUCCACAAAAAGUUUGGGGUUCUGAAUUGGAUUGAAGUUCCCAGAGGCUUGGGACGAUGGGGAUUUUACAAAGUUACAUGAAAGCACACUUUGGAGCCGGGGGGAGGAUGGGGGCCACGCCUACAACACCAUGUUUUACAAUGAACUGAACAUUUUGAUGGAAAAUACAAUAAGUGUGAACCACUUCUUUAAAACAGUGUAGCAUACCUAAGAGGACAGUCUUGUCCGGCUUGUAUUUUUACCAUGGACACCAUUUAUAUGUAACUGUUAUCUAAUCCAAGUUAUGCAGUGCUUGUAGGAAAUGUAUUUAUUCAGCAAACCUAGUACUGAAGAUGAUUAUGUAUGAUUUUAAAGCAAAAUGUAACACAUAGAACAGAACAAUCAACAGAAUAAACAUUUUAUGUAUGAAUAGCCAAACCCACUUCAUAGCUUAGUCCAUAUUAGAUAUUGCAUGCUUGUAUGCCUUUACAAUCAAAGCAGGUUUAAAUACAUAGACUGCCUGGAAUGUUGUGUGUAGCUAUAAAAAUUGAAAUCCAUAUGAAUAACUUGAAUUACCUACAGAAGUUCUACUUUGGAAAGAUGGCGCCGUGGAAUCUGGAUGGAGUUGGGAUAAGCGCAGCAAAGUGGAUGAAUGUGGGAACAUUUUACUAGAUUUUUCUGCAAAGCAGAGUGAAUGGAGGAAAACUAUUUCUCUGAUAAAUACUAAUGAAUAAUAUUCCAAAUGGACUUUACACUUUAGCUUGAGUAGCUUGUUAUGCAAACCCUUGUUAGGCUUUAAAAUUACUAUUUAAAAAAACAGGCAGGAUUUUCUUUUGUACAACAGUACAAUCACUCUAUUUUAUUAUGGUCUUGGAACUCCAUGGAAAUGCUUCAAAUACUAUAUAUCAACAGAGCUUGUAUUUAACCAAUAUUUUUGUAUUGUACUUUUGAUGGAAAAUACAAUAAGUGUGAACCACUUCUUUAAAACAGUGUAGUAUACCUAAGAGGACAGUCUUGUUCGGCUUGUAUUUUUACCAUGGACACCAUUUAUAUGUAACUGUUAUCUAAUCCAAGUUAUGCAGUGCUUGUAGGAAAUGUAUUUAUUCAGCAAACCUAGUACUGAAGAUGAUUAUGUAUGAUUUUAAAGCAAAAUGUAACACAUAGAACAGAACAAUCAACAGAAUAAACAUUUUAUGUAUGAAUAGCCAAACCCACUUCAUAGCUUAGUCCAUAUUAGAUAUUGCAUGCUUGUAUGCCUUUACAAUCAAAGCAGGUUUAAAUACAUAGACUGCCUGGAAUGUUGUGUGUAGCUAUAAAAAUAGAAAUCCAUAUGAAUAACUUGAAUUACCUACAGAAGUUCUACUUUGGAAAGAUGGCGCCGUGGAAUCUGGAUGGAGUUGGGAUAAGCGCAGCAAAGUGGAUGAAUGUGGGAACAUUUUACUAGAUUUUUCUGCAAAGCAGAGUGAAUGGAGGAAAACUAUUUCUCUGAUAAAUACUAAUGAAUAAUAUUCCAAAUGGACUUUACACUUUAGCUUGAGUAGCUUGUUAUGCAAACCCUUGUUAGGCUUUAAAAUUACUAUUUAAAAAAACAGGCAGGAUUUUCUUUUGUACAACAGUACAAUCACUCUAUUUUAUUAUGGUCUUGGAACUCCAUGGAAAUGCUUCAAAUACUAUAUAUCAACAGAGCUUGUAUUUAACCAAUAGUUUUGUAUUGUACUCCAUCAACAAAUAAAUAUGCAAUGUAUAAAAAGUCAGUUUAAACCAAUGCAUUUUGUC